GGACAACGAACCGUGUAGAAACCACGUCUACGAUUGGUCACUCCUCGGCAAGGAUUUAAUUUUGAAUUCUUCUUUAUGGUGUGGAAGAGGCUCCGACCCGAACUUCGUCUAGUCCUCAGACUUUUAGACUAAAAUCAUGCCCAAGUUCAAACAACGAAGAAGAAAGCUAAGAGCCAAAGCCAAACAAUUAUUUAAGAAAAAAGAAGCCUCCCGAGUCCAGCCUCAGCUAUUGACCCCUCCCCCUCCACCACCCACACCAGAAAGAGUGGUUACUUCUUCAACAGAUAUACCCCAAAGCAGUAACUGGCUAAGACGACCUUGGAGCUUCAGAUUUCCCAAUGUCAAAGAUGUGCUAAACCUUUGGACGAAUAGAGCGUGGUGCAUAUACAAUCACUGUCUGACCUGUGUAGCCCAGAGUUUAGAAGCACUGAGAGAUGCCAUCUUCCCUUCCCGAGUCUACCACAGAGAACUUCACAGUCUAAAACAACAAUUUUGUGUUUUGAAAAGUGAUUUAUGCAAGCUCCAAGAAACACUGAAGACCAUCUCAGAAAAUUCUUCUUAUUCAAGCCGUUGUCAUACGUGUGGCGUGAGUGAUAAACCUACAAACGUGCCUGCCUGUGCUCCAACAACCCCUGGAGAAUCCCAAACUGUACCUCCGCCCACACUGCCACAGCCAGCCAGUCAUCCGCCCCCUCCUCCUCCCCCACCCCCUCCUCCCCCUCCUCUUCCUCCGCCUCCACCACCCCUAGCACCUUUGCUGCGCAGAAGAACUGGGACUACUGGAGUACUUCAGACUGAACCGUUAAAGAAAGAUGGACCCAUGCAUAUAACAGUUAAAGAUCUACUCACUGUAAAAUUGAAAAAGACACAGAGUAUUGAAGAAAGAAAGAAGCUUGUACCAUCGCCACCAGAGCAACGGAAUCCACUAGUUACUGUCUCUGAUCUGCAGCAUAUUACUCUGAAGCCCAACUCCAGGGUGUUAGCAACACGCGUUAAAAAUGUCCUAAUUACUCCCGGUAAAAGCCAAAUAGAUCUGCGGAAACUGCUGAGGAAAGUCGAUGUGGACAGGAGCCCAGGUGGGACCCCUCUUACCAAUAAAGAAAAUAUGGAAACAGGAACUGGACUGACUCCAGUCAUGACUCAGGCCUUAAGGAGAAAGUUCCAGCUGGCUCACCCUAAAAGCCCAACUCAGUCUCUACCACUUCAUACAAGCAGCUUCGAUGAACAGAACUGAGGCCAGCUCUGCCUGACUCCAAGGAGGAAUCGACACGAUGACAGAUCAAACCCCCUAAAUUUUAAUGUACUAAAAUAUGUAUAGCUCUAUGAAUGUAAUUCUACUUGAAGAAUCAGAGUGAGUAUGUAUGUAACAUACACACAUUGUGACAUAAAGAGAGAAUUUAGAUAUAUUCUGAUGAUUAUGAUAGUAAUCUGCAAAGUAAUGUUUACCCUGGAAUUAGCCAAUUUAGGUUAGAGUCGUUGUUCAGAUUUCAUUUCAUAGGGGCUGGCAACACGGUUUAAUAGGCAAAGGCACUUACCAAGGGCCCAGAUGGCGGGAAGAAAGAACUCUCACAGAGGUCCUCUGAUCUCCACAUAGACGCUAUGAUAUGUGCUUCCUUCAACACACCAAGUUAAUAAACUUGUUAAAAAUAGUAUUAAUGGUAUAACUAGUUUAUUAUAUAAAUAUAG